AAAAUCUGAGCCAAUAGCUAAAGAGCAUUUCCUGGCCAGUAGAAAGAGAGUAUGACACCAAGCCAUGCCCCUCUGGGGAAGCCAGCAGACAUUAAAACAUUCGCUAAGCUAGUUAAGCUUAUAUCUAACCCCCUGAAGUCGAGCUAGUUUGUUAUCGAUGGGCGAAAAAAUAGCGAGUCGCAUGAUGCAAGGAGCAUCUGUCUCGUUUUGGGUGCGUUAUUGGCGCUGGAAGGAUUCCGAGUGACGCCAGGGUUGUUAUGACGCGGCUUCACAUAAUAUCAAGCGGACCGGCGUGGUGCUUCAACCUUGAAAUAGCUUGAACUAGGCUGCCGGCUAGUUUGUAACAUGAAAUAUCCCCUCGCACAGUUGACCAGAAACGUACUCCGUAGCGGCAUGGCGAGACGGCUGAGGAAGUCGGAGUUAGAACAUCCCGCCUCUCCGCUGCAGCAAUCCCCCUCGAACUGCCGGAGGAGGUUCAACCGUUUGUCCGUCCGUGUGGACCAAUUAAAAAAAUCGGGGCCAUCAAGUUGCCUCAAUGUCUAUAUAGACGGAAUGCUGUAAACCCUGUAGUUAGUUACAGGGGGGUGAGGCGCAGGCCGAAGACCCCGGAAGCGCGAAGGGCUCUCCUUUGCGUUGCUCUGACUCGGCGAUUCUCAUUCACACUUUUUUCAUUUCGUAUGAUGGCAGCCAGAACGAACCGUAUAACGAGUUGGUUCUAGUUUGAUACGAAUAAUGUUAAUGGAUGGUGGAAGAAGUUGACCCUCGUAGUUUAACAGGAGGACCUCAGUUACUUAAGUGGCUUAGUCAUAUUCACGUGCCUUAUCGACGCCUCGAGGCUGCUAUCGCCGCCGCUGAAAGCUGCAAGGCAUCAGUCAAGACUCGCGGAGAGGAGGAUGAGCAGCCAUCUUCCAGCAACAAAACCAGGGAGUAAGUCGCGGUGCGCGCAAGUGAUAUGCUACGACAUACAAUGCAUUAUUAUUGCCAAUUACCUGAUGUACUUUUCCCUCUCCUGUGCAGCGUAUCCUUAUUAAUAAGCAGGCAGACAUUUUCCUAGCCCGUUAUCCGCCACAAGCAUUCAGAGAGACGAAGUCGCAGCUUUCUUAUACCACAGCUUUUGGGUGCAUCGGACCAAUUUAUUCGGUAUCUUGACUCCUGAUCCAACCCCUGGUGUUUGAUAGGCUCGGCCGGAUAGCUCGUGCAGCCUUGGGCACAGCUUCCGAACACCACGAACGGCGGUGCCUCUACUUCGAAAACGUUGCGGCCUGGGCUCCCCGCAAAAAAAGCUCCUAAGCUGUAAUGGACAUGACAGGAGGAGAUAUGGAUGCCACCACAUUCGAUAACCGCGGCUCAAAUGCCAAUCAAAUGCCGCAAGCGUUUGGGGCCUCCAACUCGGAUGGUUCUCCCCUUACAUCAUCACACCCUGGAACAGCUUUCGCGGAAGAUAAUAACGAUGCAAAAAGGAGGAGGAUUGCUAGAGUAUGUAGACUGCCCUAUCACUCUGGAUUACGGGAUUUUCGAGUUAAUACCUAUACUGUCUACCUAUAGGCGUGCGAUAUGUGCAGGAAGAAGAAGAUAAAGUGUGAUGGGAAAAUGCCAAAAUGUUCGCAUUGCAUAAACUACAAGUCCGAGUGCAUUUUUACGCAAGUGGAAAAGAAACGAAAUCCCCCCAAAGGGUACGAAUUCCUUAAACAUAUUAGCAUUUUCGACUGGAGCUAUUGUCUAAUCUAGAGUGACUCAUGAAUUAGGGCAAAGUACAUUGAAGGCCUCGAGAACCGACUAGGCCGUAUGGAAUCAUUACUUCGGCUGUCUGGUCUUUUGUCCGAGACUGAUGCUAGAAAGACCGAUCUAGGAGUACUGGAGAAAAGAUUGGCAGACAGAGCAGCGUCACCGACCUCACAGCAACAGCAACAGCAACAGCCGCAACCUCCCAAGGCAUCGACCAUACCUCCUACUUACAAUGCUUUUAUGAGCUCGUCGGUGUCGCCUUCGAAUUCUACUCCCCGUGGUGACUUGAAUGCUAGUCCGAGAGCUUCAUCAGCUGCAGGCUCCCCGGAUUCCCAAAAAGAGUCAGAGGCAGAGGUUGAUUCCCUCUCAGAUAUGAUGUGCUCCUUAGUUACAAAUAACUGUGGAGAAACACGAUAUAUAGGUAUUUUUACUCAAGGCCGAUUUUCCUUGUGGGCAGCUAUUAAUCUUGCAUCACAGGAUCCUCCUCCGGGUUCUCAAUAUUCUCACCCAAGGGCAUCCAGUGGGUAAAUGAGAAAACGGGCGAUUCCUCUUUCCAACAUAUGAUCUCAUCUGCAUGUGUGGAUGAUAACAAAUGGAUUUACUGGAAACCAGAAAUAUUCAGCGACAUAUUUGCCCGUCGGGUUUUCAAACCUUUACCACCUAAGGAAGAGGCGCUAUCUCUCUUCAGGGAUUAUUUUGAAAAUUUCAAUUGUAUAUUCCCUCUUUUCCACGAGCCUACUUUUAUGCAUCUAGUUGAGAAGCAAUAUUCAAGAGAUCCCUACGAAGGCUCUGGAUGGUGGGCUAGCAUCAACGUUGCUUUGGCAAUCGCCCAUAGGUUACGGGUAAUGAGCAACCUUGCUCCACAGGAAGAAGACAAAAAGGCGUGGCUUUACCUGAAAAAUGCCAUGGGCGUGCUUACAGAGCUUACCAUGAGAAAUACAGACCUCCUAAGUGUACAGGCUUUGCUUGGAAUGGCAUUAUUUCUUCAAGGAACACCAAAUCCUCAACCUUCCUUCUUCCUUGUUGCAGCCGGAAUCCGUCUCUCUCACAGUAUAGGUCUACAUAAGCGCUGUUCAGGCUUUGGUCUAAACCCCGUGGAGCUUGAACAACGGAAGCGUGUCUUCUGGAUCGCCUAUAUCCUAGAUAAAGAGUAAGCAUACGAUAAUGUUAAGAUUCAUGAAAGUUUUUACAAUUACUAACAUUGUUAAAAGCAUCUGUCUCCGAUCCGGUCGUCCUCCUGUACAAGAUGAUGACGAUAUGAAUGUAGAGCUGCCCAGUGAAGAUCCCCCUGAUAACAUCGGCAAUGUUCCUCUUUCGGAUAACAAAGGGAAAAUCAACCUGUUCCGUCUCAUGUGCAUAUUCGCAACUAUUGAGAGCAGGGUUUAUAGACAAUUGUAUUCGACCAAAGCAUCUCGACAGUCCGACGGUGAGCUUCUCAACACUAUUGGCGAGUUGGAUCAUGAACUUGAGGAAUGGAAGAAUAGCAUUCCUAUAGAUUUCAGGCCGGAACACGAAAUAAAAACCACUCACAGGCCUCUGAUCUUGCCCAUCGUUGUUCUUCAUUUCGCAUACUACAAUUGCCUGACGACUAUACAUCGAAUGUCCGUUCAUCACGGGUAUUGGACAAGUCGUCUUUCAAACUACGCCAUACAAGGACUAAAUGCUCGACCAUUGAACCCUCGGGUGUUUUCGUCUGCUAUACUCUGUGUCUCAGCUGCUCGAGCUUCGAUUAACCUGAUUAAGUACAUUCCGCAGGGCGAUUUUGCUUGUGUAUGGUUGAUCCUCUAUUUCCCUAUAUCAUCCUUGGUAACACUUUUUGCCAAUAUCUUACAAAAUCCGCUUGAUGCAAGAGCUCGAUCGGACGUUAAAUUAAUGAACCUUGUGGUUAACUUCCUCUCAAUGCUCGCUACUGAUGAAUCAAAUGGUAGUGUCAAACGUAUGCUUAGCGUCUGCAGCGAAUUCGAAAGAAUAGCGAAGGUGGCUUUAGAUCGAGCCGAGAAAGAAUGUCAAUCAAGGCGUAAAAGAAAGACAAGUGAUGUACAACAGCAGCAGCAACAAGAGCAGCAGCAGCAGCAGCAGCAGCAACAACAACAACAACAACAACAACAACAACAACAACAACAGAAGGAGUCUAACAUAACGCCGCAUGUCAACGAUAAGGAUACCCAGCGUCCUCAGACACAGAUGACAGAGAAUCCCACAGUAUCAAACGCCCAACAUCAGCCAUUUACUUCACCAUUCCCGGCACACAUUAAUAAUAACAUAUCAAGCGCAUCCUCAAGUACAUUCCCAUCACCUCAGACAUCGUCACAGAACGCAUUUGAUACAGUGAUAAAUGAGGAUAUUUCAGCCGCACAAUUGAAGAAUACCGCAAGAUUUAACCAGGAGCUAAACGAUAUCAUUGGUGGCCCUGGGUUAAACGUCAACCCUGGAAUGUUCAGCGUCGACCAACAGCUUCCUAAUGAGUCAAUGCCCCUGGAUGUCUCCUCCUUCCAGCAGCCUUUUGUCCCACAAGAUUUAUGGCAGAUGCCAAUGACCCUUGAAUGGGACUGGGCGGACAUGUCGAAUGGCUUUCCAUUUGCUAAUGGGGCUACAGAGUAA